GCCUAUUUAUGGUUUUGGUUUUUUUCUUGGCAAAGGCAACUUCAGAAGUCAGACUCUGAUAUGGAAAAUGUGAUAGCUUAAGUCUAAAAACUUAACAGGAUUUUGCUAAUACAGAGGAGUGUGUUGGUGCUUGUAUAUAGGUAUACCGUAACUGCAGAUAAUCAAAAUCAAAUCAGGUUGAGCUAGGGUAAGUAAGCAAAGCUGCUGAGUGGAAUAGCCAGGCUUCUGAGCUUAAUGCAGGGAGGAGUUCCAUGCUUUUACCGGCAUGCCUGACUCCAGAGCUGGCAACUUGGGGUACAAGACAAUCUAGAGUCCACAAGGCACAUGGCCGGGUCCACGUGUGCUGACUUUCUCACUGGCUGCUGCUCCUGCUGCUGGAAAAGGCAUGUGGACGGCUGUCGUCAGAGUUGUACCAAAGGAAAGCUCAAAGGGAUGACGCCAGCUUGCCUUUUUUUUUUUUUUUUUUUUAAUCACUCAGCUGCACUGAAGCCCGACACCUCUGGUAGCCAGCGGUGGAGCAGUGAGAAGCUGGUUUUGUUGCUGCGCUUUUACGGGAGAAGCUUGGCUGUGUUAACUCUUGCCAAAACAAGCACCUAGACAACUCAAACUAAAUCCAGUGAUGGAGGUCGGCUCCACAGAAGCCAGCAUCAGCUCCCAGGGAGGCACCGGCUGGCUGGAUCUUACCCUUGUCACCUGCACUGAAACGGUGACUUUCACUGAAGUGGUGGCAGAAGAGGAGUGGGGAUCCUUUUACUAUUCUUUUAAGACAGAGCAGCUGGUGACUCUUUGGAUUCUCUUUAUUGUCACAAUUUCUGGAAAUGCCAUCGUGCUCUUCUCUAAUUGGAGGAGGAAGCGGAAAUCUCGAAUGACCUUCUUCGUUACACAGCUGGCAAUCACAGAUUCAUUCACGGGACUCAUAAACAUAAUGACUGACAUAAUUUGGCGCUACACUGGAGAUUUCAUGGCUCCUGAUAUCGUCUGCAGAGUCGUUCGCUAUUUCCAGGUGGUCCUUCUAUAUGCCUCGACUUACGUCCUUGUGUCACUAAGCAUAGACCGGUAUCAUGCCAUAGUUUACCCAAUGAAGUUCUUGCAAGGAGAAAGACAGGCAAAAGUUCUUAUUGGAGUGGCCUGGAGCCUCUCUUUCCUGUUCUCCAUACCGACUCUGAUUAUUUUUGGGAAACGGCAGCUCUCCAAUGGGGAAGUGCAGUGUUGGGCUCUCUGGCCUGAUGACUCCUACUGGAUACCCUAUAUGACGGUGGUGGCUUUCCUGGUGUACUUCAUUCCUCUGAUUGUUAUCAGCAUCAUAUACUCAAUCGUGAUUCGAACCAUCUGGAUGAAGAGCAAAGCUCAGGCUGUCAUCCUAUCCAGCUGCCCUGGUGGCAAAACUUCUGCUGGCUACACCAGUCGUGCGUUCAUAUCCAGGGCGAAAGUGAAAGCGAUCAAAUACAGCAUCGUAAUUAUCCUUGCAUUUGUUCUCUGUUGGAGCCCUUACUUUCUUUUUGAUAUCCUGGACAACUUCAACAUACUCCCUGAGACCAAAGAGCGCUUCUACGCAUCCGUGAUCAUUCAGAACCUGCCAGCUUUGAACAGUGCCAUCAACCCCCUCAUCUACUGCUUCUUCAGCAACCGCCUCUGUCCCCCUUUCGAGGAAAGAAGAACACGAAGGCUGGGGGGAACUUUCCAGGACAAGAGUGAUGGAGGGCAGGAGAUGCAGGUCCUGUCCAAACCAGAAUACAUCUAGCACAGGUGAUGCCCCGCAAAGACACGCCAGGACGUGUACCAAGGAAUGAAGAGAUCCGCCACAAGCCCUGAGCACACUGAGCUGAUGGACACCUACUGGAAAGAGCCCGCACCUCGCUGCUGUUAAGCAGCACAUGCAUUUUGCAUCAGCACUGCAGCUUCAGUAAUCUCACACUGCCAGUGCCAAACUCUGUCCAAGGGAUUUGCAUGCCACUGUUGUUAGGACUCAUCUUGGCCCUCUGUUUUUCAAGCAAGCUGUAAUAUAUAUGUAUUCUGAAUGGCAAAAAACAAUGUAAAUGGUGUUUAGUCAGAGU